AUGUGGCAGAGCACAGCAGACCUAAAGAAGCAGGGGCUUGUGUGCUUUUACAAAAGUGCUCCGCUGGUGGCCUGGGAGGACAUUGUGUUCCUCUGCUGUCUCCCACCACGUGCUGUCUGUUCCAUCGUUCAGCCUGCCAUCCAGAAACCCUGCAUUGUGUCCAGACUCGUCACUGCCAUCCCUCUCCUCAGCAAUGAGGAUCAAGCUGAAGCAUCUCCUUCUCUGCAGUACUGGUGCUCUGGCCAGGAGCCUUCCAAUGAGUGGGGGGUCAAAGGAACAGUCCCAGCCAUGCUGCGAGACCCUGCUGCUGCAAAGGCAACGUGUACCUGCAGCUCCCAAGGUAAAAACUCAAUCAAUGCUGAAUGGCUGGUGGCCAUUUUCUACAUAGCCUUGAACAGCAGCAUGUUGCAGAGCUUACCUCACCAGAAGGUACUGAAGUUACCCAAUAACCUCUGAUUUCCUGAAUGCUGCCCCAUCUGUGCAGAGCAGAAAACUUCCUACACAUGGUUUGUUAAGAGUUUUGUCAGUAAAGGUUUUUCCUUGUCAGUGACUCAAGAGGAAACCUUCCCCUGGUUUGACCUGACAGCUGCACAACUGAGAGAGUGACCCUUUAGCCAGCUGCUAAAGAGUGAGUUUGUCCAGCACCAUCUUGCUGUACUACACCAGGCAUCCUUUGGAGACUGACCUACAAAGUAGUGAGGGCUGAUCAGCACCAAGACAUCUCUUACUUCAGCUGUAGUGGAGCCUGGUGUGACAUUUGAUGACAAAUCUCCAUUCUCCAUAGCUACUUCCAACAUUUUCUCAGAAAUUCCAGAGGAAAUUGCUGACUAUGAUUCUAAAUCCUCAUAAACAAUAACGAAGCCCAUCGCAGAAUGCUUUGCUGAGAUCUCAUCUCAGCCCCCUUAUGGGACUGAGGGGUGCAAGAACCAGCACUGUUCACUCUUGUACUGUUUAAAAUAUUCCUGGCAAUAACCCUAUGUACACA